AUGGACCUUCAAGGUUUAUCUGGAUCAGAUAUUAUGAUAAUUGGAGGAAAUUCACAUCCAGAUCUUGUCAAUCUCAUCGCCAAUAGGCUGGGUGUUAAGCUCGGAGGAUGCUCUGUUUAUCAUAAAACAAAUCGUGAAACAAUGGUUGAAGUAGCGGAUUCAGUAAGAGGAAAAGAUGUUUAUAUAAUUCAAACUGGUACUAAGGAUUGUAAUAAUAAUAUCAUGGAGUUAUUAAUAAUGGCAUAUGCUUGUAAGACGUCUUCAGCAAAGAGUAUUGUCGGAGUUAUUCCAUAUUUGCCUUACAGUAAACAGUGUAAAAUGAGGAAAAGGGGUUGCAUUGUUGCAAAAUUACUAGCAAAAAUGAUAUGUCAUUCUGGUCUUACUCAUGUUAUCACAAUGGAUCUUCACCAAAAAGAAGUUCAAGGAUUCUUUGAUUGUCCAGUUGAUAAUCUUCGGGCAUCUCCAUUUUUAUUACAAUACAUUCAAGAAUGUAUACCAGAUUAUAGAAAUGCCGUAAUGGUUGCCAGAAACCCUAAUUCAGCAAAAAAAGCAACCAGCUAUGCCGAACGUUUGCGUUUAGGAAUUGCUGUGAUUCAUGGAGAACAAAAAGAUUCUGAAGUGGAUGAGGUAGAUGGUCGUAAUUCUCCUCCUGCUGUUCCUCGUUCCAGAACUAUGGAUGUGCCUGACAGUGUACCAGUUCAUCCAGCAAAAGAAAAACCUCCAAUGAAUGUAGUUGGAGAUGUUGGAGGUAGAAUUGCUAUUAUGGUUGAUGAUAUGGUUGAUGAUAUGAAAGCAUUUGUAGCAGCUGCUGAGGUUUUAAAAGAACGUGGAGCAUAUAAAAUUUAUGUUCUUGCCACUCAUGGUCUUUUAAGCUCUGAUGCACCGAGUCUUAUAGAAGAUUCUCCCAUUGAUGAAGUUGUUGUUACAAACACAGUACCACACGAGCUUCAGAAAAUGCAAUGUCAUAAAAUCAAAACAGUAGAUAUAUCUGUUUUACUUUCUGAGGCUAUUCGUCGAAUUCAUAAUAAAGAGUCUAUGUCAUAUCUAUUUAAAAAUGUUACAUUAGAAGAUUAA